UUAAUUCAAAAUUCAAAAUUUAUGUAUACAAAACAGUGGUCGGUAAUAAAACUUUAAGGGAGAAGAAAUAAAAUGAUUAGACAACAAUACAUGGAAAAACCCGAAAAUAAUAAAAAUAUGAUAUCUGCAAUUGUAGCAUUUAUUGGGGAGGAUGAAAAGAAUGAAAAAGAACAACAACAACUUAUAUUGUGCUUUCAUAAAUAAUAUAUUAUAUUUCUUUUACACGUCCCACAAUGAAAAAUUUCGCUCUUUUCUUUUUUUCUUUUUCUUCCUUCGUCUUUUUCUUUUCUUUUUUAUGUUUUGGGAAAUAUUAAUUUAUCAAUUAUUGAUCAUAGAAGUUUUUUAUCGGGAAUAAAAAAAAAUCGCUGUAACAGAUGGUUUCGCAGAUAGCAAAAAAACUGGCAAAAAUUAUACGAAGAACCAAGGCUAUGUUUUUGGUUUUAUGGUAUUUUGUCAAAGUAAGCCACUAAUUACAUUUAGCAAAUGAAUAAUACCAUCACCGCAACUUAAAACCUUGUUUCCACGAUGAUUAUUUUAACAGAAAUAAAUUGUCGCCAACAUGAAGAAUGGCUGGCUAUAUUUACCUGCGUGUUAUCACUUAUUGCUAUAGUUACAUCCGUACCAAUGAAUGGAACCGUCCUGGUCACGGUGGCAAAGAACAAGAAAUUUCAUACUAAUUUCCACAGCAUCAUUUUUAGCAUUACAUUAGCAGAUUUUCUCAUUGGAGUUAUCAUAUGUCCUCUUUCGGUUGAUUUACACAUAAACGAAGCGAAAAACAACCCAACAUCUGAUUUAAAAACCCAGGUAUUCCGAUUCGGGUUAAUAGCGCUUGGUACGGCAUCUAUAUUGAGUGUGACAGUGCUAAGUAUUGAUCGCAUUAUAUCUUUAAAAUUUACACAAAGAUAUCGUGAAAUGAAGAAGCGUUAUUUCUUCAUCAGUUUGAUAGCUGUUUGGGUAUUUACCUUGUUGUUAUCUCCAGCAUAUUUAUUUUUAAGUUUUACCUUGUACCUGGUUAUAUUCUCCAUAAGUAUAGUGUUGAUUACCGCCAUUAUAAUGAUUAUAACGUACAUGUUCUAUAAAGUCAACUUGCGAAGAUCAUUUAACAGAACCUACUCCACAGACGAGAAUAUACAGAAUAACGAAUCUUGCUAUUCCAAACAAGACUCGAUUACCUCAGCUAACACUAAUGCAAACAAUAGUAAAAACAUAUCUCUUGUAAGAAAGAUAAGUGGACUUACUAUGUUAAAAAAUAAAAAGAUGAGCCGAGUUUCACUUACGUGUGUGAAUCAGGCAAAGUUGGAGGAGCAUCAAAUUUAUCAAAUCGAAAAGCGCGCCACAAAUACAUUCUUUUAUAUGACGUUAGCGUUUUUGAUAUGCUACAUGCCUGUUGUCGGACUUAGCAUUUAUUUACAUUUGUGCAAACAGUGUUCCUGUCUGGCUACGCAAGUUAUUACGGAGAUAAUAAUCAUAUUUAUUAUGGCUAGCGCUGUCUUUAAAACAUUUAUUUUUUUGGUGCGACUAACAGCUCUCCGAAAAGCAUGCGUUAACUUGUUCAUAUCCGAAAAAGAAUUAGAACGGCGAUGGAAAUCUGAAAGCGCUCCGCGAUGGAGAUCGGUGACAGUUCCUCAAAUUGGUCGAAAACAAGGAUCGAGGAAGAAAUUACUGAGGAGAGCAAAAACGCAUGAUGAGGAUGAUGAAGGAGAAAAUGGAGAAACUGUUGUAUAAAUGGACACGACCGUAGCUCCUCGAAAAAUUUUAAAGAUGGACGCAUGCAUUUUAUGACAGAGGUUGGAGAUUUGCUUUCAUGAGAAAGGUAGGAACACAAA